AUGGAUCACUUUUGCGAUUUGGUGAAGGAGAGGCAGGGGGUACUGAGUUCUCCUGAAGAUGCAAAACUAGCAGGCAGCUGUGUCCUCUUCCAAGACAUGCAGAAGCGAAACCAAGAUAAGUGGAGCAAAUCCCUGAAUAACAAGGAAGCCACCACAGCUCUGGAGAAGAACUUGAAACAGGCCCUUUUAAAUCUACAUGCCCUGGGUUCUACCAACACAGACCCUCAUCUCUGUGACUUCCUAGAAGGCCAUUUCCUAGAUGAGGAGGUGAAACUCAUCAGCAUGCUGAGAAAUUACUUGACCAACUUCCACAGGCUGGUUGGCCUGGAGACAGGGUCGGGUGAAAAUGUCAUCGAAAGGCUCAUCCUCAAGCACAAUUAG